AUGGAAAAGCUUCCGGAUGAUUGUCUUUCACAAAUUUUCUUUUUCUUGCAAGAUGACAAAGUUUCCUUGCACGCUUCCAUCCUGGUAAACCGUCAAUGGUGCAAAAAUGCUAUCAAAGAUUUAUGGAGGCAGCCAUUUCGGCUUGUGAUGGCUGACAAAAACACCGAGAAGUACACAUCGAGAAAUCGUACAAGCACCGGAAUGCUUGUAAAAAUCAUCUUGUCUUGUUUAGUUGAUGUCUCAGGUUAUUAUUCCAGCGAAAAUUCUAAUGCUCGUGUGAAAGAGCAUGUUUUUAAUUAUAUCGAAUUCAUUCGUCAUCUUGAUCUUGACGAUUUGGGGCUUGCGAUCGCGGAAUGGACGGAAUACUGUUUUUCACCGGAAUUUAAUCAGAACGCAGAAUCAGUUAAACAUCGAAAUAUCAUUUUUUCCGCUUUGUCACCACGCAGAGUCACAAGGUUUACGUCCUACAAAGAUUUGAAAGGCAACAAUUCCUUCAUCAAGGGAAUCGCAGAAGGAAUUUGCAAACUUUUGGUAAUGCAAAUACCGCGACUUGACUCAAUUUCAAUCAAGCCCGUGUGGUUUGAUAAAUGCGUGCAACCUUCUGCUGUGAUCUGGGAGCACUUUCACGAGAGCUCUGCUUACUCGAAUAUUACUAAUGAAUACAUGGGUCUCGCCACCUAUCCUAACGCGGACGUCUGUUUAUCCAAAUUAUCCGAAUUCUCUUGGAUAGAUAAUUGCCCUCGAUCAAUCCAGGUGAUACGGGAGCUUUCUUCAUUAACUAACAACAUUAGGAAAAUUUCAUUCGGCAUUAGUUUUAAGCCUUACAAGGGAGAAGCAUUGGCUUUUGAGUCCAUGAUAUCGUUGAUCGAAGCUCAAAAUGCGCUAUCAGAUUUUGAUCUACAGAACAUAGACAUAUCCAGUUCUACUCUGAUGAAGACUCUUGCACGACAUAAAAAUACCUUGACAAGGCUAUGCUUUAGAUCUGUAAAUAUCUCAAAAUCCGAAGACAUUUUAGAAAUAGUGCAAUUUAAAAAGUUGGAGGAACUCAUAAUCAUAAACAGCAAUCUUGAAAACAAAGAUCAUUGGCCAAUAAGCUUGUCCCAUUUUCCCAAUUUAAUUGCCUUUCAGAUAGAUGAUGUUUGUCCAACAACGAUCGUGGCGGGUGUUGAUGUAGACAUUGGAGAGCCGGGGAUAAAAUUGAACACAUUUGUUUACAAUCAAAUCCGACUUUAUAAUUCCGAUUCUACUCGGUCAAUUCUUGAGUCGAUUGAACAUUGUACAAAUUUAACAUAUUUCGAAUGUAACGCGGAAAUUGAUUCAACUGACCUAUUGAUGCCGAUUUUCAUUUUGUCAACAAGACUCAAGACGAUUAUCGUCAAAAACAAACGACGUUCAUUGAACAUCAACGAAAUGUUGAGGUCGGUACGAUUGGCGCGAUUGAAUCAUUUGGAACUUGAAGGGACUUGGCGGUUUACAUCCGAUUCAUUGGAAGUAUUCCUCAAUAAUUCAAGACCACCUCUUAAGACUUUGUCAUUACAUUACUCAAAUUGUUUUGAGGACGAUCACCUUGAGGUGCUGCUGAGGAGUCUGAGCGGAGUAUUGGAAAAGAUUGAUUUGAAGGGUAUGACCAAGAGAUUGAGCUUUGAUUUGAGAAAACGAGCUCAUCGAGUUGUUAAGAAUUUCUAUUAUGGGAAAUGA